AUGGCACAGUCGACGAGUCACGUCCAGCUUUUGAACGCCCAUGACCAAAGCAAAGUUCAAAUUGGGAACAACUACUACAACGACUCGAACCACGAUCGAUGCAUCACAGACCUACGAUUGACAGACCCCCGAGACGAUAAGGAGCGAAUCCAAGAUACAAAGGGUGGCCUGCUUAGAGACUCCUAUAGCUGGGUUCUUAAUCAUGACAACUUCCAGCGAUGGCGUGACGAUCCACAGAGCCUGCUGCUCUGGAUCAAAGGCGACCCUGGCAAGGGCAAGACGAUGCUGCUAUGUGGUAUCAUCGAUGAGCUGAAGAAGGAACGCGACAACUGCCUAUCCUAUUUCUUCUGCCAGGCCACUGAGGAAAAGCUGAGUAAUGCGACGGCCGUGCUGCGCGGUCUGAUCUACCUUCUCGUUGUCCAACAGCCGUCGCUCAUCUGGCAUGUUCGGGAGAAGCACGAUCAUGCCGGCAGGUCUCUCUUUGAAGAUUCGAAUGCCUGGUAUGCCUUGCGGGGAAUCUUGAUCGCUAUUCUGAAGGAUCCAGCCCUCAAGGGUACCGUCAUCAUCAUCGACGCGCUCGACGAAUGCGUGACUGGCUUGCCGGAACUCCUCAAAUUCAUCAUCGAGCAGUCGUCUUUGACUUCCCGUGUCAAGUGGAUCGUGUCUAGUCGCAACUGGCAAGAUAUUGAAGAGAAACUCGGCCGUACAAAGCAGAAGGUCAGGCUUCAGCUCGAGCUGAACCAAGACUCCAUCUCCAAGGCUGUCGACAUAUACAUUGGAUGCAAGGUGAAGGAACUGGCAGACCUCAAGAACUACGACAAGGAAACAAGGGACGCUGUUCAGCGCCAUUUGGUUGGCAAUGCCGAUGGUACCUUUCUGUGGGUGGCCUUGGUCUGUAAAGAUCUUGCAGAUUCUAAGGCGGCCCGAAAACGGCAUACGCUCUCCAAGUUAAAGUCAUUCCCACCAGGGCUUGAUCCCCUCUACGCGCGAAUGAUAGAACAAAUCUCUAUUUCGGAUGAUACGGACAUUUGCAAGGAGAUACUGGCUAUUGCUUCGGUCGUAUACCGACCAAUUACGCUGGAGGAAUUAAAGGUUCUUGUUGAGUUGCUCGAGGAGGACGACUAUAAUGACCUGCCACAAAUCAUCAAGGCGUGCGGUUCUUUUUUGACUCUUCGAGAAGGUGUCAUCUACUUUGUCCAUCAGUCAGCCAAGGAUUUUCUGAUUAACAAAGCAUCUGACCAAAUCCUACCCUCUGGCACCGCGCACCAACACUAUGCUCUCUUCUCAAGGUCGCUAGGAGCCCUGUCAAAAACUCUUCGACAGGUCAACGAUAUUCUACGGGAUAACGGCAACGUCCAUGGAUUCAUCCAGGAGAAGUACCUAUAUUGGCUAGAAUGUCUUGGUCUCCUACGGAGCAUGUCGGAGGGAGUCAAGGCGGUACAUAAGCUUGAGGCUUUAGUGAAAAACGCGGAAGCGCAGCAACUGACAAAACUGCUUCGAGACGCUCGCCGUUUCAUCCUUUCCAACAGACGGCCAAUCGAGAUUGCUCCAUUGCAGGCCUAUACGUCCGCACUCGUGUUUAGUCCCGAACACAGUCUCAUUAGAGAGCUCUUUAAGAAGGAGGAGCCGGGUUGGAUGAUAUUGAAGCCAAGAAUGGAGGCAGAUUGGAACGCUUGCCUGUAG